UAUUGAAAUUUUAGUGAAUCAGAAAUUAUCGUCUGCCAUGGAGUCUUAUUUUUACGCAACAAGUUCUGAUUGUAAUUCUGUCGUAUAUUCGCCUAAAUUAUGUCAUAUGUGCGUUGUUUUUCAAUUCGGUCGCGGAUAUUGCAGAAAUAUCACAUUCGUUUGACAAAAUCCGCUUGAGUAUAUUGUUGUUUGUAAUUCAGUCGACCCUGGAGACAUCUUGUGAUAAAAAACCAGCAAGUUGCCUCUGUCUGAUUUUGUCUUCACGUGAAAAGGUAACAAAAUCGGAUUGGUGCUAACAAAAAAUCGACAACCAUGGAUCCCGAUAUGUCUUGGGACGCAGAUAACUUUGAGCCUAAAUUGCCGACCACGUUGACGUCUUCGAACAAAUGGGAAGGCGAGGACGAGGAAGAGGUCGUAAAGGAAAGUUGGGAGGAUGAGGAAGAAGAAAAAAAAGACGAAGAGAAAAAGGAUCUUGCUCCAUCUCAACCAAAACCUAAAAAGAAAAUACAAGACAAAAUAGCAGAAAAAGAGCGCUUAGAAAAAGAGAAAGCUGAACGCCUUGCAGCGGAGAAGGCAUUAGAAGAGCUCACACCUGAACAGAGACUGGCCGAGAAGCUCCGGCAACAGAAGUUACAAGAGGAAUCGGACCUGCGACUUGCCAUGGAGACCUUUGGUGUUUCCGAAGGUGCUGUCGGCAAGCUGGACAGUUUCCACCCAACAAGUAAGGAGGAGUUUGCCGAGUUUGGGGAUUUGCUCUGCAAAAAGAUCAAUCUAUACAAAGCCAAGGAGGAGUUCCCUGGAUUCGUUGAUGAUCUUGUUAAAAACAUUAUUGUACAAAUGUCGUCAGCAGACAUAAAGAGGAUAAAGAUGACGGUGGACAACCUUUACAUCGAGAAACAGAAAGCUGAGAAGAGCGACAAGGCAAAGAAACCCGCUAAGGGCAAGGGCAAGGCUAAAUUAAAAGUUGAAGGUGACAAUGCGCAUCUCAACCAAUACGACGCUUAUGGCAACUUCGAUGACGACUACGACGAUUUCAUGUAAACACUAAAAUGGCGUAAACUGGUCUCGUAAUACAAAACUUAUCUUCACAAUAAUACAUUUAUUUAAACAUAAAUACAGAAAAUAUUUACAUAUAACUAAGGGUUUAGUUUUUACAGAUUAUUUAUGUAAAUGUAACGACCUUGUAAAGAGAAAUUUCGAGUUUUCUUUUUUUUUAGUCCAAAUAGAUCUUCCAUCAUAAACUAUAUAUUUUGAUACUUUUUUGUGCUCAAUGUAUUGCUGAUUUUCAUCACCCUUUUUUUUAAUUUCGCUUAUCAAGAAUUUUAAAUAAGCCCUCUAAAAUGUGACUUUUUUCAACACUCAUGUAUUGUGUUUCCAAAAUUAAUUGCGUUUUAGCUGAAAAUAUGGAUUUUUGAAAAUAAAUCGGUCAUUAAAAUUACAGUCUUAAGGACUUAUUAUCUUGAUUAAUAUCGCUGCUUGUGCUAUUUGAGUAAAUAAGGUUGAAUAUUUACCCAAAUGUUUACAUUUAUAAGAUCUAUUCGACGCGCCAUGUUAUACAAGCUGAUAUACAAAAAUGUAAGUCAUUCUACGGUUAUGGUCCGAUGUUAUGUUAUAUAGAUAAUAAAUUUUUUUAUUGUGAUAUA